AUGGAUCGACCACCUAUUGCAGGAUCCGUCAAGCGGGCGCGAGAGCGGGCUCAAGCCGGAUUUCCGAGGGACCAGUACGCACCGCCGUCCGCAACACGAUUCCCGAUAAUGGAAGAGGACUUGGACAGCCCCACGGAUGUCUCACCACCGCCGAGCCGCCAGAACCCCGAUCCCGCACCGUCACGAAUCCCGAGACCAUUACCUCCGGCCGCGCUACAGAACAAAGAUGGCGGCAUCGGCAUGGCCAUCUCGCGGCCUACGCAAAUCCCCCAAUGGCCGCUGCCCGGACCCAUCCCGUCCCCAUCCCCCGAAGCCGAGCCGUACCGACCUCCCCCAGGAAGGGGACCACCACCGCAACGCCCACCUCGCCCAAGUAGGGUCCCUUCGAUUCUGGACAGCUCCCGAGUGCAAGAACACACUCCCGUAUUUCAGUACACCCCCCAGAUCGGACGAGAAUCGACGCUGAGCCAAGAUCCCUCGUCCGCACCACUCACCCCGUCAUCGAGACAUACGCAGUCGUCAAUGUCUUCCGUAGGAUCGAUUCCGGAUUUCCCAUUGCCAUCGACCAUUCCUCCCGCUCCGAUCCCGCCACCUCCUCCCGCCGCUCUGCCGAGACGGAGCGUCACCCUCGGACCUCCUCCGUCGUCUCGACGAGGUGAUUCGUCCUUCUAUUCCAAUGCUUCAUUUGUUUCUCCGAUUCCCGAAGAGAGCCCAAGGUCGAGGUCGCAUACCUCAUUUGCUUCUAGCGCCGCUAUGCCAGAGAGUUGGGGCAGUCAAUCGCCAGGAUUCAGCCCAGGAUACCCCGAUGAAUUUUACGAGGAUGAUGCGUACUCCACGGAGGAAGACGAGGACAACAGCAGAGCAAGCACGGCGCAGUAUGGCGAAGGUGACGAAAGCAAGCUCGUCAGGAGCGCGAGUGUUGGUAAGAUGCAAAAACCAUCAAUCGUAAUGAACCGAGCUCCGAGCGGCGGCGACCCGUUACCGCAGGAAGCAUUCAGACCAACACCAUCACCUCUCCAGAACCAGCUCCCGCACAGCCCCUUCGACAACGGCACAGGCUAUCUUGAGGGGUCCAGUUCCUCAGGAACGGUGCCCACGAUGGCAGCUACGGCAACCAUGCCUUCAGUGACAGCUGAUGCCAUGCUGGGAGCGUUUGCUGCUGCCAGUUCAACAAACCCGGAGGAAAUGAGAAAAGUCACACCCGAGCCACGGCCGUACAACCGCCUAUCGGCGAUUCGUCGCCCGCCAAAGUUGGGCCUAGACAUGAACUCUGUCAGAGAGAUGGAGUCCAGAGGCAGUAUGACCAGUUUGCCAGACUUGAUCAAACGCGCAACUCGCUUAGCCGCGCUUAUUGACCGAGGACGCCGGCCUGCAAGCAGAUUUGACAUGGACGGAGAAUGGCCGGAUGAGAAGGCGUUUGGGCGUGAGGGGGAGCACCAAAUGGCAAACAUGUCAGCUGCUGAAAAACAUCAGUCAGGACUCUCUGACAUGUUGGCUGCGUUUCCUCCUCCAGCAACAACUCCUAAUCCUCCCCAGCGCGGCAGCUGGUUCAGGCGUAACUCUCAUGGAUCAUGGCCUCUUGCACCAGGAAGCCGUGGCGGUACGCCAGUACAACCCAUGACACGCGCCAUGGCAGCCAGAUCAUCUCCCUUGGCAAGGUUAGAGUCCAACAGCGAUGAGGGCUCCGUCAAACGUAAGAGAAGGUGUUGCGGCCUACCACUCUGGGCCUUUAUUUUGAUUGUUGUCAUUGUUUUGGGUAUCAUCGCCGCUGCCAUCAUCGUUCCUCUCGAGUUCUUCGUCUUUCGGAAGAACAGGACAGGCAGCACUCCCACUACUGAGCCGGCUCUGGGUCAAUGCCAGAACCAGCUCAAGUGUGAGAACGGCGGUACGAAUGUCAUUUCGCAGAAUGUCUGCUCAUGCAUUUGCACGAAUGGAUUUACCGGUCAGACUUGUUCCGUGGCCGGCGCAACCGGAUGCACCACCACCACUAUCACCGGCACCUCAUCUAAUUUCAAUAAUGUCACCCUCGGCCAGGCGAUACCCCGCCUCCUUCAGCAGGCUCAGACCAAUUUCACCGUCACCUUGGACGGAACCGACAUUCUGGCAAAGUUCAACACGGAGAGCCUCUCUUGCAUUGCGCAAAACUCGCUUGUUACCUUUGAUGGGCGCUCAACUCGCCAAGGCACCACCAACUCGCAAGAGGUGGUUGCCAACGUGGGCGUCAACGCUGACAACAUACCGAUCCAAAUCAUCACGCUUCUUCCUGGGCAGGCGACGACGAUUACCUUCAACUUUAUCGAGACUGGUGCCGUUAUUGGUCCCUCUGGCGACAUUGUUGGCGGGUUCACGACCCUCUCAGGCCCAUUCCGCGUCACGACGAUCCACGCCUCCAGCUCGACCAUGUGGGCUACUAUCCCUAUGAUGCCCACGCCGACGACAAUCAGCUCGAGCUCGACGGCUCCAGCCACGAUGCCUACAAUUCCGCCGGCAACCUCGGUGCCGCCGACGACAACUUCAACGCCACCGACGACAACAUCGACACAGGGGCCUCUGGUUCCCUCGGUACCUGUAUCUCCAUCGCCGUCGCCCACGCCUACGUUCAGCGUCACGGAAGAGACUCUUGACUUUGCGAGAGUCGCCGUGCUGCUUAUUCUCGAGAGGCAGAACCUGAUGGCCGCGACGACAGCGCAGACGGUGCUCCAGCGGUUCUUCACGCAGGCAGGCACAGGCAGUCGGACAUCGAACGGAGGCGUCGCCUUCAGCCAGGCAUUGAAUGUGACGCUCGGCGGAGGUAAUUCGGUAGACCUUGUCCACUUCCUUGUCAACGUCCCCGGAAACACCACGACGCCAACGACGAUGACGGCGACGAACAGCACCUCAUCCGGUGUUGUCGCCGCAGAAGGGAGCUGA